CACUCUAGUCUCCCCUCGCGCCGCAGAGAGUGACGCUCAGGACCCCUCCCCCGCUGGGGGGCCCCUCCCCCUGCACGCCUGGAGACUGUUGAAGGGGAUGGGGUGGAGCCCGGGGAGGAAGAGAAAGGAAACCGGUCGGAUUGGAUCAACAGCUGCCAUGGCAACUGGAGGCUGUGGUUGUAUUGUCAUAGUAACCAGUGUGCGCGGACUGGGUGACCCUCCCGGGGCGAAUGGAUUCCCGGGAAAGUGCCCGGGGUUCCCCCUUGGCUUCCCUUCCGCCUGAAAGCCUCCCCCAGGCACUGUUCAGUUUACUAUGGACGCCAUGGUGAAAAAGGGUCCUGGGGUCCCUGUCUUGGAGAAAUCCACCUUCUGGUAGACAUAGCAGAGAGUGGAGAAGUGAUAAGAGUACAGUAUGGUGGGUGCUGUAAUUAAGGGGGGGCAGUGAGAAAGAAAAAGAGCGGCUGGAAAACUGAAUUGAGAAAAAAAGCAAGAGUAAAGAAAGAGAAAAACAGACCAUAAAGUCUGGAGCAAGAGGAAGAAUUGAUGGAUGAGCAAAGAAGUAUACUUCCUGGUGGCACAGUGACAAGGCUGGACUCUACUGGAACUGUAGGUUGGAGUACCUACAGAAAGAAAUUAGUAAUAAUGAUUGCCCUUGGAGAAGAAAAUGGAAUCACUGAGGACUUGGCUAUUCAUCCCACCUUCAAGCAAGUUUAUACAUCAUUGUGUGUGUAUGUAUAGGUUUGUGUGAUAUUUCUCAGCUUAUAAUUUUUUGACUUACAUUUCUGUUAUCACUUACUGGACAAAUGCUUCAUACGUAAACUAUGCGAAAACACAUAUCCCAGCUGGGUUUAAGAUUUUAGAAUCAGAAGUAAGAAUUUCAGAGAAACUAAACUUGAAAAAGAAUAGAAAGUGUCAGCAUAUACUCCCCAAUCCUCCUGCUGCUUGAUAUUGGUCAGAGUGAAAUCAGGAUUCAGUGGUGAAGACCACAUCCUGUUACCAUGGAAAUUAUUGUACUGUCACAAAUUUAGUACUAUGACUUCAUGGUGAAGAGGAACAGAUGGUCUGGAAAAGAAUGGAGGCCUAGGGUUAGCAAAAUUGUUUGGUGAAUAAGCCAUCUUAUAUCUCUUCUGGAAGUAGGUGUGGAGAGUGAGAAGAGCUCCCAUCCAGAGGGAUGGCAGGAGAAAAGUUGGUAGCCUGUGCAGACUAAUGGACAUGCAAGGCAAGGGCAGUUCAAGAGAACACCAUUAAUCACACACAGCCAUAAAGAAUUGAGUGAGUGACCAGUCAUUCCAGCAAGUUAACACUGACUUUUGCUCUCCACUCUUCCAUUUCUCCUGGAUAAAGAAGAGAAAAAAAUCUAAGAUGUGACAUAGCGAGACACAAAAAAAGAGGCGACCCCUGAACCAGCGCGAGGGACCCACCCGCACGAUGACUGAGACCACCAAGACCCACGUUAUCCUGCUUGCCUGCGGCAGCUUCAACCCCAUCACCAAAGGGCACAUUCAGAUGUUCGAAAGAGCCAGGGAUUAUCUGCACAAAACCGGAAGGUUUAUCGUGAUUGGUGGGAUUGUCUCUCCUGUCCACGACUCCUAUGGAAAACAGGGCCUUGUGUCCAGCCGGCACCGCCUCAUCAUGUGUCAGCUGGCCGUCCAGAAUUCCGAUUGGAUCAGGGUGGACCCCUGGGAGUGCUAUCAAGACACCUGGCAAACCACCUGCAGUGUGUUGGAACACCAUCGGGACCUCAUGAAGCGGGUGACUGGCUGCAUCCUCUCCAAUGUCAACACACCCUCCAUGACGCCUGUGAUCGGACAGCCCCAGAAUGAGACCCCCCAGCCCAUUUACCAGAACAGCAACGUGUCCACCAAGCCCACUGCAGCCAAGAUCUUGGGGAAGGUGGGAGAAAGUUUAAGCCGGAUCUGCUGUGUCCGCCCGCCCGUGGAGCGCUUCACCUUUGUGGAUGAGAACGCCAAUCUGGGCACAGUGAUGCGGUAUGAGGAAAUCGAGCUGCGGAUCUUGCUGCUGUGUGGCAGUGACCUGCUGGAAUCCUUCUGCAUCCCGGGGCUCUGGAACGAGGCGGAUAUGGAGGUGAUCGUGGGGGACUUUGGGAUUGUGGUGGUGCCCCGGGAUGCAGCUGACACAGACCGAAUCAUGAAUCACUCCUCAAUACUCCGCAAAUACAAAAAUAACAUUAUGGUGGUGAAGGAUGACAUCAACCAUCCCAUGUCUGUUGUCAGCUCAACCAAGAGCAGGCUGGCCCUGCAGCACGGGGACGGCCACGUGGUGGACUACCUGUCCCAGCCGGUCAUCGACUACAUCCUCAAGAGCCAGCUGUACAUCAACGCCUCGGGCUAGCAGCCACCCGGCCCUCGGCUCCACUCUCCCCUCGUCCUCCGCCAACACACUGGCCCCUCCAGUCUCUGUCCCCUGGUUCCUCUCCUGCCUCUCUGUGUCUCCACUCCUCGUCUUGACUGUUCUCCCCACCUGCCGACUCAACCCUCCACGGUGUGGGGGACCUGCAGAGAACCACAGCAUACCCUACUCAGCUGUCAUCCUCGGACAGACUCCCCUCUGGUCUCCGGGUUGGGGGUGGGUGAGGGAAUAGGGGUGGGAGUUGGGGGAAGUGCAGUCCCCGGAGACGUGCUGGUGUCUGUCCCCCAGCAUGCUCUAGAGAGCGGCUCCAGUGCCCGUCCUCCCAGCAUGCUCUGGGGAGGCGGCUCUGGCUCUCGCCUUCCCAGCAUGCCCUUUACCAUGAAGGGCUAUGUUUCUUUCUUUUCUUUUUCUUUUUCUUUUUUUUUUCCUUCUCUUGCGUUUUGGUUUGGUUUUGUUUGGUUGGUGUUGGUGUUGUUCACUCCUCAUAGAAUUUGGAUGAAACCCGUGUCCAUGGUUCUUUAUGUUUGUAGUCUUGAUGCGCUCCUGUGGUGUGAACUUCCCUUUGGAUAGGAUACCAUGGCCAGCCUCAGCGCUCAGCACCUGCGUGACAGCCACACAGUAAGGAAGGCCAGGCCGCCGCCACCUGCCCACUCACACCCCACACACCCCCCCCGCCCCCCACACACACAGCAGGUGCGGGCCAGGCUCAGGACUGAGGCCUUCAGGUUCCAAACCCUGGGAGGCAAGUCUGGGAAUAGUAGGGUUUCUCAGAAGAAUUUGCGUCCAUUUCCUUAGGUUCAGAAGACCAUUUUCCCGAUGCUCCGGGCCUGUGAUCACACAGAGCCAGUCCACCCUCAUAUCCUGGUGGCAUCUGUACGGUUCCUCCUUUGGGCUGUGACUGAUGGCAGAGUUUGUUCUCUGCCAGCCCAGCGUGUCCAAGGAACCUUCAGGUCUCUACCUAAGCCCUUGGAGCUCAUACCUAGCCACAUUCCUGCAUCUGAGAAGAAUCGCAUAGUCAAGGCCAAAUCCUAAUAAUGCAGCCAUUUCUGAAAUAAAACAUGCUAGGGAUUCACUCAACCCUAGAGAUCUUUGCUAAUUGGAAUUAUCUCUUGCCUGUGUGGCUGGGAGAUUUUUCUGUCAUGAUGUAAGUCAAGGAUGACCAAGAGCGGCUUGUUGCUCUAAUGGGAAUUGAUGGUCCUUACCCAUUCUUGCUGCGGUGAUGCAGGUGGCACCCGAGGUCAGUUUCUUCUGGAAACACAGUACCUCGGUCUUGUUUCUGGAGCUGAUCCUAUCUCCUCCAGAGCCCAGAAACCACAGUCAUCGUCUGAGGAAGUCCGUCUGGCAGGGGAGUGGGUUCAGAGAGCAGAGGUCAUGGCAGGCAGGGCAUUAAGAGCCACUAAGUUGUUUCACCCUUUUUGUAAUUUCUUACCUUCCUCCGCUGCUCCUGGAAAUGGUUUUGACAAACUGUUCUAGCUGUUCUGGUCUCAGUCAUGCUCCGUUUUGAGAGCCAAAAGGAAAUUAUUCUCUUAUGCUCUGUGUCUCUCAUCUAGUCCCUGGCUCUUGGGUUUCCAGUUGUCUUCACAGAAUGGGUCCCUGAGCAACAGGAUACUUUUAUGAAAAUCUAGUACCAGUUAUGGCCCAGGAUGGGGGUGGUGGUGAGAUCUGACAUCAGGGACAUCAUUCUUCAGCACAUAUUUCAUGUCUGUGACAGUCUUCCAUAGCCUCCAGGAAAGGGAACUGGAUUCAAUAGAAGAGCAUGUCAGAGUAGCAACCAGUAGAGUGUUAUUCCUUUUGGAUUAUGGAAAUAAUCUCCAGAGGAGGGAAUGAAGAUCCUAUUUUUGGUUCUCAGUGUUUGGUUAAGGAUGGUGAAAUCAUAAAUGAAAAAAGAAACAAAGCUUCAGAGAUUAGUUGAUUCAACAUUCUCCUUUAAAAGAUAAAGGAGCAGAGGUCCACUGGAUUAAAUGGCUGGUCUAAGGUCACACAGCAAGUGUAGAGCCUGAGAAAAGGAUAUUGUUUCCCUGACCCUUAAGGCUUCAUAUCACAUGGUCUCUAUCCCCUGGUUCCUCAUGAUACUGGCCACGUAACGUGUGGUUUCCACUCUUUUCAGCCUUUACCUGGCAUCUUUCUUUUAAAUUAUGUCUCAUCCAGCUGCUCCUGUAUAGGGCAUUGCAUAUGCGAGUCCGAGGGGUGGGUGUGAUGGGGAGAAAGGCCAGAGCCAGGUUUCCCUCAGAAAUCAAGAGAUCUCAACAGCUUAGAGGAAAUCCCAAAUAGUGACCCUCUGAAUCCAAGAAAGGAUGCUUUUUGGAAGGCUAGGAAAGACCUCGAAUGCGCGAGAUGACACCUGGAGAGAGACCGACAGAAGAGUCCUUAUCUGGGCAAAACACUCCCAGGCCAAGAAAAGAAAUCAGGGAACCGGAUUCCUUGGGGAAUGUGACAUUGUGAAGGAUGUGAAGUUUAUCUGUGAUUGGAGUUUAUUAUGAGGAUCUACACGAGCAGAUCCGAGAGAAACCAGACAUCUUUUGUCUGUUUGGUGUCCCCUGUUACUCUGCUGGGCUCUGUGUUCAUGCCACAUGUAGUCCACAACCCAUGAGAGGGAGCCAGGUUGGCUGUAUACAGUCGGUGUGAGGGCGGGGAGGGACAGGAAGAAAAGGAACAGGGGCAGUAGAAGAUGUCUGGAAUGAAAUGAGGGCAGAUCUUAUCUUGGUGGAUCCCCGGGAUUGUAUUAAAAUUGCUUUUCUUUAAUACAAGAAAAAGCAAAUUUGGGGAGAACUGUCCAUUCCCCAAACUGUGCCAUUCUUCACUUGCUAGGGGGAGGUCAGAGCCCCUCUCGCAUGCCCCAGGCAGGACAUUGUGGCUGUGAUCCUGCAGAGGUUAGCACUGAGACAAUUCAGAGUUUGAAGUAGUGCCCCAGGUGCCAUGAGGAUGACCUCUAGGUUCUCACUCCCCCCCCCCCUCCCCCGCCGUGGGAUCCCUUUCUUCUUCCAAAUGGCAACUCAAGGCUGGCAUGGUUCAGAGACUGGGAGAAAGGCACGGGCUGCAAUGAUGAUGUUAACAGAGGUCAGGAGCCUCAUUUCCUGCCUACUGAUGUAAAACAUCCACUCUUCAGAAAGUGGCUGAUGUGAGUAAGAAGAGGCAGGAAGGAGGGAAACCUUUUGUGCCAAUGACUCUCUCCUCAAGGAGUGGCCCCCUGGGGAGCUCUGUGCUGCUCCAUGGUACCUCAUUCACCGUCCCCUACCCCAGGCAGUCUCUGGGGCCUUCUGGCUUUCAUUUUCCUUGAAUGUACAUAGGAACAGGGGAGGAAAGUCUCUUAACUGAAGUGCCUGAAACCCAGAGCUAGAGCUUCUAGAGACCCUCUUUGUCCCAUCUCUGCUUGGCCCACCUUCCCCAGCGUGCACCAGUCUCAUGCUUCAGAUUCUCAGAAGGAAUAGAAGAACUCACUGUUCUAAUUAAGUAGAAAGUGAGACUCAGUAAUCAGACAGCAGCAAGAGGCAGAGAAUUACAGGGAGACAUGACUGUAUUUUAACAACCCAAAUCUACUCUCCCAAACGGAUAUAAACACACACUUUAUGGGAUUCAGCGAGAGAAGCAUGUUAUUAUAUUUCAUUUAUCAAAAGAGUACUGCAAAAAUAAACCCAUAGAGUAUGAAAAGCUCAGGAUCUCUCCCGAGGCUACUGCAGGAAGGCCAACAGGUGAGAUGGAGAGGAUGGAAACAGGGACUGAUUUUGUAGCUCUUCCAAUCAGGAUACCUGUGGAGUAGCAUGGUGGUGAAGGUGCGCAUGCUCUCUGUCAGAUUCAUCCAGUCUACACCUUCCUAGAGCUGCCAGUGAACUCGAUUUUUCAUGUGGUUUCUUUGUCGUGUAAAUUUGGGGUGUCCUAUUAGCCUGUUCCAGUUACUUAGGAACGAGCUACACUCUUUCCCUUCAGGUCCAGAACUCAGUUUGAUCCAAAUGGUCUCAAGGAUUGGCAUGGGGAGGGGGAAGCUUUUUUUUGAAUCCCUUUUGGUCACUGAAUCUGCCAUUUUAAGAGUAAGAUUUGCUUUAUGAAAAUGAACCCAUUAAUAAAAACUACGUUGAAGUUGCAACACCAUUUCAUAGUGAAAUAUUUUGAGUAAAAUUUUGUUGCUAGGAUAGUCAUGGACAGAAGUUUUAUCCGCAAAAUGUUUGAAUUACGUUAAUAAAUAAGACAAUGCUACUA